CGUGCGUGCACAUCAUAUUCACACGCGAGCAAUCCGCCUUCUCCAAUACAUUUCCAUAAUAAUAAUAGUUGGGCAUUGCCUGGACAUCUGGCCUGUUCUGCUACACGUGCUGCACGCCAUCUUGGUUCUUGCCAGUCUGUCCACCCUGACGCAAUGGUCCCGGUCGUCACUCUCGAGUGACAAAGCGCGUCACAGGACGCGUGCUUUCCCCACAGGUUUUGGCUGGCUUGCGAACGAUACGCUCUCAUUUCGCUCGCUGAUUAAGUCCACACAACACGUCCGCUACGCAUGGCAGUAGCAAUCCAUUCUCCACAAGAAGUGCCUGGAAUGAACAUGGCGAGCAGAAGGCUGCCAUUGGCAGACGUGCCCAAUGCUGUCAACUCACCGAUGCGCACAAACACCCUCGGGAGCGGGAAGCGAAAAGCAGGAGAAUUGAGAGACACGGUGUACGGGCAACCGCCAUUGAAAAAGCAGAUCCUGGACGCGUCUGCUCAUCAUUUGGAGAAUGUCGAUCCCAUCACAAGACCUGGCGUGUCUGCCCGAGGGAGGGAUCGCCUCGAUGAACCUUUUGCAAAGCGCACCACUGCAGCACCGCCGACUGCAUUUGAGAGGAGGCUUGUGUCGUCUCGGGAUAAGAAACCGAUUGCUCAAACAAAGCCAAAGCAAGUUGUGGAAAAGACACAAGGGAAUGGCAUCGAGUCUGUCCGACAAUGGCAGAGACAUUACCGGAAGCAGUUUCCACAAUUUGUCUUCUACUUCGAUGGUGUCCCAGAAGAUGCCCGCUUCAAAGCUAUGCGUCAGAUCCUGUCCCUCGGCGCAAGAGAAGAUCAAUUCUUCUCAAAGGCAGUCACUCACGUCGUCACCACUCGCCCAAUACCGCCGGAAAAUUCAAGCGCUGCAAUCGACGACAACCUCAAGAAUGUUAACGCCGCUCUGAAAUCUGCUCAGCCUGCAUCGCUUGCCAAUGAUCCACGCCGUGGGGCCAACCUCUUCGACGUCCAUCUCCAUCGGCGUUCUCAGGCAAUAUCGGCUUCCAACCAACUGGGAUUGGAGAGUCGACGACCUUCUACGCAGACCGCAGACAUCUUGACACGUGCUCGCGGUCUGGGCAUCAAGAUAUGGGCGCUCGAGAAACUCCAGCGCGUUCUGAGCACUAUCCUUGAGACUGACACAGGGGAUGGCGUCGCCGUUGACCACCGUGUCCAAGUCCAUAAUAUUCGACACUCUGUCAAGCCUGCCCAGACAGCCGACCUGGAGCAACUGCUCAGGAAUGAAAAAGUCAACGGGCCGGCUGACAGAGACAUGACUGUAGUGACGCAAGAUAUGGUUACGCUUCGUGGAUGCUUUAUUUACAUACACGAUAUGGACGAGAAGACAAAGCCUACCAUGGCUCGAGAGUAUACCAAACCCGCAAACCGCGAAGAAGGAAAAUGGCCUCAAUUCAGACUAACACCAAUCGGACGUUGUCCAUUCAUCGAGGAUCCAGCCUAUAAGAAGAGAAUGGAAAACCGAGAACAAGAGGCGCAGGUCAAGCCUGAAGCUUUUCACAAGCAGAAUGACGGGAGAGCUUACCGACUCGUCGCACCACAAGCUCCUGGGGAGCGAGAACUCAACCUACGUCGCUCGCCGCGCAAGCUAUCACAGAGCAGCAAGAAUGAUGCAUUCAACGGUCUAGACGCCAUUUCGACGAAGAGAAAUUCGUCUAUCGACAACAUGCCACCAAUGUUCGGGAGCACACAGGCCAAUAUGCGAGGCUUGCCACGUCUAGUCGCUGGAGAGCCGGUCGCUUCGGGUGUACAGCAAUCCAACAUCACUUCGGCGAUUCGAUCGCAAGUCAUCUCAUCUGCUGCAAUCUCUUCAACCGCUCCUGGUAUCAAUCGACGUGUGGGUGACACCAAGGAAGUGUCCAUUCUCAAACGGAAGGUGCUGGAGAGGGGAUCUUCGUCAUACAUGCACGAUGUGAGAGCAGCUAUCAACGAAGAGCCUGGACCGCCUCCUCGUGCUGCGAAGCGCAAGGCUCAAGAGACACUGGGUGUCCUCCACGAGGACAACGACGACCAUGAAAACAGGGUCGAGACUCUACCCAAGAAGAAAAAGGUCAUCGAUAGAGAGCCUAAAGCGGGUUACUGUGAGAAUUGUCGCGACAAAUUCGACGACUUCGACAAGCAUGUUGUCUCUCGCAAGCACCGAAAGUUCGCGUUGACCAAAGACAACUGGGCCGAACUCGAUGACCUCCUCAACCUACUCAAACGACCUCACAAACGAGCCUGAAAGACUUCGUGCGCACCUUGCUCGUUAGGACCCUCCUGGAAGGCUAUUACCUCGACUGAUCUCGACGUGUCGGUCAUCGAAGCCAUUCACUUCUAGGGAUUAUGAUCAGCAGAAGUAUUUCAGCAUGUGUGCUUUCGCCCUUGUCCUUAAUCAUUAUCGAUAUAGCCAACACUACGGCACAACCUCACUGAUGGUGCACAGAGUCGGCAUCUACGGACCUUUGAGGUCCGUCAGCACAAUUAACGUUAUCAUGUAAUGCAUUGUAUUAGAGCGAUAGCAUUAGAAGCGCCUGUCUUAGCGAAUCAAUAUAUUUUGAAAAAGAAACCACGGGUCUUCUCGGUCACCAAUUGGCAUUAGAAUUGAUGCACCAGACCAAUAUUGCGCUCGAAUUGAGUGUUUCAGAACCAUGCUACUCUAUCGUG